AUGCGUUACAGCGUCGCUUCUUGUGUUGUCCUGGCUUCUGCCUUGACGAACGCUUCACUCCUGAACAAGAGAGCCGACUGCGAAGCACAAGCCAAUGCGUGCCGUACAGCACCAGAGGCUAACCAGUCAUUCUGCUCAGCACAGCUUGUUGCUUGCCUUGGUUACAACCCAUAUGCCAACAACACGGCUACUGCGACCUCCUCAUCGUAUACUCCCAGGGAGUCUUGCCAGGCUGCUGCAGACCAAUGCCGCGUCAAACCCGGCGCCAACCAAUCUACUUGCUCUGCCGAGCUCGCAGCUUGCCUUGGAUAUAAUCCAUAUGAGUCAAAGCCUGCCUACACCACCGAGACCACUUACGUUGCAACAAAAGAUGAGGUCCUAACCAUUACCGACUGCCCAUGUACCAUCACCCAGCCAGUCAAUCCUUCCUCCACACCAACUUCAGCCCCAGUGGAUUGCCAACAGCAAGCAAACGAAUGCCGCACCAAGCCUGGAGCCAAUCAAUCUACCUGCAGUGCUCAGCUUGCUCAAUGCCUCGGCUACAACCCAUACACCAUCCCAGCCCAAACCACCGAGCCCGCUGCCACCGCAACUGGCACUCAGGUUCAAUUCACCGGUGCUGCUUCCCUCCACAAGCCUGCUGCCGGACUUCUUGCUGUCGGCGUGGCUGCUCUUGCUUUCUUGUAG